CAGGAAGUGAGGGUAACUUCCGGCGCGUGUUUUGCCGGGUCUGCGCAUGCGCACUGCACUCCUUGCUCAGCCUUUCUGCGCCUUCACCAGCAGGGCCUGUCGCGUGUGUGCGGCUCCCAGAGUAUCCAGUGACGCGCUCCAUCAGUCGCCACCAUGUCUCGUUUUUUCGCCACCGGCUCAGACAGUGAGUCGGAGGAGUCGCUGUCCGGAGAUGAGAUCCUGCCCAAACCAGUGGGCGGCACCUACGGCAAACAGCAGAUUAUCUUGAGCGAGGAUGAGGAGGACACUAAGCGCGUGGUGCGCAGCGCCAAAGACAAAAGGUUCGAGGAGCUGACCAACAUCAUCAAGACCAUCCGCAACGCCAUGAAGAUCCGCGACAUGACCAAGUGCCUGGAGGAGUUCGAGCAGCUGGGGAAGGCGUACAUCAAGGCCAAGAACAUAGUGGACAAGGAAGGUGUCCCCCGAUUCUACAUCCGCCUGCUGUCCGACCUGGAGGACUACGUCAACGAGCUUUGGGACGAUAAGGAAGGCCGGAAGAAGAUGAACAAAAACAACGGCAAAGCCCUGAGCACGCUGCGCCAGAAACUGCGCAAGUACAACCGAGACUUCGAGGCGCCCAUUGCUGCCUACAAGCAGAAUCCCGAGGAGUCGGCGGAUGAAGACCAAGACAAGGACGAGGAUGAAGACGACUCUGACGACUCUGAGUCCAGCGAUGACGAGAAGGAAGAGGGCAUCAGCGCCAGCAAGUUCCUGAAGAAGGUCGAGGCCGCCCCGCCCGAUGCCCGCAAGUUCCAGAAGAAAGCCGAGGACGCUGAGGAUGAUGAAGAAUCCUCCGAUGACGAAAUCUGGGAAUCAGACUCCGAGGACUCAGACUCCGAAUCUGAAGACGAUGAAGGCAAAUACACAACCCUGGCCGCCAGGUUCCUUAAGAAAACCGGACUUUCAGGAGAACAGCAGGCAACCGAGAAGAAGAAGGAGGAGAAGGCCAAGAAGAAGCAGCAUCGCAAAGACAAGACUAAAGCCGACGAAGCGAUGGAAGGCGAACAGGAUGAGAACGAGGCCGGAGGAGAAUGGGAGAAGGUCAAAGGGGGCGCUCCAAUGGUUAAGGAGAAGCCCAAGAUGUUCGCUAAAGGCACAGAGAUCACCCCGCCUAUAGUGGUGAAGAAACUGAACGAGAUCCUGCAGGCCAGAGGAAAGAAGGGCACAGACAGGGCGGCACAGAUCGAGCUCCUCCAUUUGCUGGCCGGGAUCUCCGAGGAGCACAACUUGGGGCAGGGAAUCUCCGUCAAGAUCAAGUUCAACAUUGUGGCCUCUCUGUACGACUACAACCCCAAUCUGGCUGCGUAUAUGAAGGCCGACAUGUGGAAGAAAUGCCUGGAGUGCGUCAACGAACUGCUGGACAUCCUCUUCGCCAACCCCAACAUGUUCAUCGGGGAGAACAUCGCCGAGGACUCCGAGAACCUCAUCGUGUCCGACCAGCCUCUCCGUGUACGCGGCUGUAUCCUCACCCUGAUCGAGAGGAUGGACGAAGAGUUCACCAAGAUCAUGCAGAACACAGACCCGCACUCACAAGAAUACGUGGACAAUCUGAAGGACGAGGCGAAGGUGUGCGCGGUGAUCGAGCGGGUGCAGAAGUAUCUGCAAGAGAAGGGCAGCACGGAGGAGAUCUGCCGCGUCUACCUCCGCAGGAUCAUGCACACCUACUACAAGUUCGACUACAAAGCUCAUCAGCGGCAGCUCAGCACCGGUCAGGAGUCUAAGUCAGAACAGGACCAGGCAGAGAACGAGGCGGAGGACAGCGCCGUCCUCAUGGACAGACUCUGCAAGUACAUCUACGCCAAGGACAGGACGGACCGUAUCCGCACCUGCGCCAUCCUGUGCCACAUAUACCAUCACGCCCUGCACAACCGCUGGUUCCAGGCCCGAGAUCUCAUGCUUAUGUCUCACCUUCAGGACAACAUCCAGCACGCCGACCCCCCUGUGCAGAUCCUGUAUAACCGCACCAUGGUCCAGCUGGGCAUCUGCGCCUUCCGCCAGGGGAUGAUCCGUGACGCCCACAACGCUCUCCUAGACAUCCAGUCCAGCGGUCGGGCCAAGGAGCUGCUGGGUCAGGGUCUGCUCAUGAGGACCAUGCAGGAGAGGAACCAGGAGCAGGAGAAGAUCGAGAAGCGCCGGCAGAUCCCGUUCCACAUGCACAUCAACCUGGAGCUGCUGGAGUGCGUCUACCUGGUGUCCGCCAUGCUGCUGGAGAUCCCAUACAUGGCGGCGCACGAGUUCGACGCCCGCAGGAGGAUGAUCAGCAAGCAGUUUCACCACCAGCUGCGCGUGGGCGAGCGACAACCUCUUCUGGGCCCCCCAGAGAGUAUGAGGGAACACGUGGUGGCCGCCUCCAAGGCCAUGAAGAUGGGAGACUGGAAAACCUGCCGCAACUUUAUAAUCAACGAGAAGAUGAACGGCAAAGUGUGGGACCUGUUCCCGGAGGCGGAUCGUGUGCGCAGCCUGCUGGUCAGAAAGAUACAGGAAGAAUCUCUGAGGACGUAUCUGUUCACAUACAGCAGCGUCUACGACUCCAUAAGGAUGGGCAUACUGGGAGACAUGUUCCAGCUGGAGAUCCCCACCGUACACAGCAUCAUCAGCAAGAUGAUCAUCAACGAGGAGCUCAUGGCUUCCUUAGACCAGCCGACACAGACAGUGGUGAUGCACGGGACGGAGCCCAGUUCGCUCCAGAACACUGCUCUGCAGCUGGCUGAGAAGCUGGGCAACCUCGUGGAGAACAACGAGCGCAUAUUUGACCACAAGCAGGGCAGUUAUGGUGGAUACUUCAAUCGCGGUGAGGACAGCUACCAAAAAGACUCUUACCAGAGGAAGGAGGGCGGCUACAUGCGGCGCGGAUACCGGCGAGACCAGCAGAACCAGAACAACUACUGAUCGCAUCCCGAUCCCGGAGGCCACGCCCACUCCCUUUACUUUUAUUUUUAUUGUUAUUUUCCCCAUUGUCUCUCUUAAUAAAGAUAUUGGAGUGAA